AUGGAUGAUGCUCACAAUGAUGUAAACGUCAAUGCUCCCAGGCGGGAGCGUGCCAGGGAACCGAACCAGCUCGCGGGUCUUGCUUACUCAUUCGUCUUGGAGGCCGUUGGGGUCGGGGUCUGGAAGGCACUCGUUGGCUGCAAAAUGUACUGGCAAAAUACUAGGAAAUUGACUGAUUGA